CGUAUGUUAAACCGAAACCGACGAGGAUAGACACAGAGGCCACACACAAAUAACAGGGCAUUAGGGUUUUUGGUCGUGAAUCUAUCCGAAAAAUACAAAAUUCAGAUCAAAGAAUGCAACUUUUCUGAUCUAUUUCACUGAAAGCAAUGGCCUUGUGGUGUCGAAUCAACCAAUCAAAGCUCAAGCUUUUCUCACAUCAGCUCAAGAGAUACUACUUACAAAUUCCUCAUGCGUCUUCGGUUAAUUACUCCACGACAUGCUCAACACAUUAUCUAUUAGAGAACCCGUUGUCGGGUAUUAAUAGAAUGGGCACGGGCUUUUGCAGUAAUGUAAGGUGCUUUGCUGCUCCAGUUCAGACUAAGCCGAAGAAGGAAGACAAGGAUACAACUGGACCUCGUUUAAAUGAACAAAUCACAGCUGACAUUGUUAGGGUUGUGAUAAACGAAGAGCAUUAUGUUGUUUCCAGGCGGGAAGCACUUGAACGUGCGAGGAAACUUAAUCUUGAUCUGGUUGAGGUCCAAAGGAAUGCUGAUCCACCUGUCUGCAAAAUAAUGGACUUCCAUAUGGAAAGGUACAAGCAAGAAGUUAAGGAAAAGGAACGUGCUAAAAGCAAGUCUGAGGUGAUGAUGAAAAAGGGAGAUUUCAAAGUCAUUAGGUUUUUUCCAAAAUGUGAACUGAAAGACUUGAAGAUGAAAGCUGAUAUGACCAAAAGAUUGAUGGAGCGUGGUUAUCGGGUGAAGUGUGUGGCCAAGGCCAAGGCCAAGGGUAAUGAAGAUCAGGAUCUGGGAGAAUUGUAUCUCGUCUCUCUGCCAUGAUUGAAGAUGUAUCUAUAGUGGAGAGUGGACCUAAAGUGGAGGGAUCACAGGCAUGUCAAAUUUGGCCCUUCAAAGAAAGGUGGUGGGAAAAAAUCAAAGGCGGCUUCAGAUACAAGUGUAGGGGUUCGAGAGGGUGCCACUUCUGCUAAAUCUUCAGUUAGUGCUGAUAAAGAAGAUAAAAGCAUAGCAGAUAAUGAGACUGACUGGUCGGUGGUUGAUUCGAAUGAUGAUUUUGAGAGCGUGUUUGAGUUGAGAGAUAAUGUGGAGGUGGCUAGUUCUUAUCCUACUGAUGAAAUGCAUUCUGCAGCUCAAACAGCUUCCUCUUUCACAACCUUCAAUAAGUCGGACAUCAUGCAUCCAAGACAAGUGCCUGAUUCUAAGCCGAAUACACACCCAUCAUUCCAACCGCAACCUUCCCUAGAGACAGGAAACAGGUAUGCGAGGAGCGAGUCAAAGAAUCAGUUCCCACCUACAAAGCUAACAGACAAUAAGAUUCCGGCUACAAGAGAUCCAUAUCUUCGAAGGCAAAUGCCACAGGAGAUGAACCUCAGACCAUCAGUGAGUGAAAAGAGGCAACCUGGGGGCAGUUCUCAUUUUCCAGUCUUAAAGCCCUCUUCCAUUGACGUGCGCAAGCGGGAACCUUCUCGCCCCAAUGCUUCUGAUACCCCACGACCUAGUUAUGGAAUUUUCAGUGCACCCAAAGCAGAUGCUCGAGGAGGAGGUAUUCGUUGGAAGCGAGAAGGAAGCUCUAAUGGCUCUGCCAGGAUUCCUGCAGAACAGAGCCAAAGGCUGGUUGAUGAUAAGGCAGGACAAGGAAGGUGGGGCAUUUUUAGUAGAGAGGGCUCAGCUAUGCCGGACCGAGGUCCAUAGGUAAUACUAUAUCAUAUAAUUAUAAGUUCAGCAUGUAACAUUAUGGUAAUCCUUCAUUCAAAUGCUAAUAGGGGUAGUCAUCUGGUUGGAAAUGUAUUAAUAAGCAUGCCUGUUUUAAAAGGCAUCGAAUUUUUGAUCUUUUUCGUCAUGUCUCAUGAACCCUGGUUAGGAUUA